AUGAACCAACCGUCGCGCGCGGAGAAGUUCGUCCUCCCCGACGGCGUUCGGAAGCUCACGUUCACGCGCGACACGAAGGUGGCGAACGCGGGGACGUUCGUCGUGCAGAAGGAGGACCACACCCUCGGCAACGCUGUCCGAAUGCAACUGCACCGCGACCCCGAGGUCGUGUUUUCUGGGUACCAGGUCCCGCACCCCUCGGACAACCGCAUCGUCAUCAAGGUGCGCGCCGCGAGCGCUCAGAGCUUAGGGUUUCUUUUUCUCUCCGCCGUCCGAACCCGCGACCCGCUCGCGCUCACCGCUCGUCCUCCUCCCUCGCGUCCACAGGUGCACACGACGAAGAACUCAUCCCCGAUGCAGGCGAUGACCGAGGCGGUGGACUGCUUGCGGACGGAGAUCACGGACAUCUCGCAAAAGUUCGUCGACGAGGUCGACUCGUUCCGGGCGAAUCAGCAAUAA